AUGAACGGAAAAAUACAUCCAAAAGUAACAAAUGUUACGAUGAAUCGAAUUGGUGAUGAUACUGACAAAGUCAUGAUUAUUCUUGGUAUUAGUUUAUAUAUAUUAGAAAGAAAAGUCAAUGGAAAUAUUCUUAUUAAUCGAACAAAUAAUAGUUCUCUGUAUUUACUAACAUCAUCUUGUGCUAAUCUAAUACAAAUUUUCUAUCCACUUUUGAUUAAUAUUAUAUUUGAUGGUUUUCAAUAUCCCAAAACAAAUGAUAAUGUAUUUUUAACAUGUAAAUUACCAUAUUAUAUAUUAUAUACAAGUGAUCUUGUAUCAUUAACAUGUAUAUGUUUAGCUAUAUUGGAUAGAUAUGUGAUAUCAUCAAGAGAAGUGCGUUUACGAAGAUUAAGUAUAAAAAGACAUGUAACGAAAAAAAUAAUUUUUUCAAUCAUUUGCAUAUUUGCAUUACAUAAUAUUCCAAUUAUAAUUUAUUAUGAAGUUUCACCAAUUGGUAAUUGUAAAAUUUCUUCAAGAAUAUAUUCAUAUUAUUAUUUGGGUGUUUUUCAAAUAUUUUUUCAUGGAAUUUUUUUAAUAUGUUUUCUUUCAAUAUUUAGUCGAUUGAUUUAUAAACAAUUAAAAAUGACUCAACAAAUAAGUUAUCUACGAAAUUUCAAUAGUGAUAAACAAUUAUCACGAAUGCUUUUAUUAUUAUGUAUCACUAUAUUAAUGGCAUCAAUUCCAUAUUCUAUGGAAAAUAUUUAUUCAGUAUUCUUUAUUGAUUUUACUCAAAAACUAUCAUCAUAUGCUCGAGUAUUUAAUUAUACAUCAAUUAUUUUAUUUUUUACAGAUGAAGUAUUGAGUUUCUAUGUUUGUUUUUCUUUCAACACCAAAUUUUCGCCAAGAAGUUAA